CACAAACCUGCCACAGCGUCGGAUAACUUGCCGCCAGUUGCCGCCAUUGACUGCAUCGGAAGUUUUUGACUCACCCUGACCUCGCGGCCUCCGGCUACUAGACCGCUCGGAGCUCUCGCCCUGCAAUAACGCGUAUGGUCAACCAAUGCACCGUGGCCUCUGGCGUGCCGCCAAACCCGGACGGCUUUCGUGAUCCCAGGAGUGUCCCCGGGCAUCCCAGAGGAGAUGAUAUCUUGUACGCGUGGCGUGAUCGCGAGGCGAGACGUUCACGCCUUGAACGAUGGGUACGACUCACCGCAAGUCGGUUGAGAGUCAUUCUCCCCAGUGUUUUUCGGAAAGUGCGCGGUUACAUAUGGCGUCUUACCAUUGGUCGAUGGCUUUGGAUCAAACGUAGUCAUGGAAUCGAUACGACAGAAGUCGAAACAAUGCGGAUGGUUGCGGCUUGCACACGUAUGCCUGUCCCUCGCAUUUGGACCCACUUCGUGUGGUGUGGUGCACGCUACAUCAUCAUGGAUCGUGCCCGAGGUGUCGAGCUAUCUUCUGUCUGGUACGAUGCCACGCCACUUUACAGGGAAGCAGUCUGUGCGCAGCUAGCCGACUACUUCCGCCACGCACGGAGUCUGCGCACUCCGUACGGUCCUCGCGUCUGCUCAAUAUCCGGCGGACCCGUGCGAGACUUCCGACUGCGCUUUGAACGAACAGGACCAUUCGACAACGAGGAUGACUUCAAUCAUCGCGGAGCGCGGUUUGGCUGCGACAUUGAGUAUCUCCCCGAUGAAUGCAUGCCUAAAGUGGUCACCGACGCGCAUUCGAUGAAGCACCCGAUCGUCUUCACUCAUGGCGAUCUAUCUCCUCGUAACAUCAUGGUCGAUGGUUCUAGGAUCACAGCCAUUCUUGACUGGGAAUGUGCGGGAUGGUUUCCGGCUCAUUGGGAGUACUGCAAGUCUAUCUUCGCGACGUUGUCAUGGGAUGACGACGAUCGCGACUGGGUACCUUGGCUCCGUCGCAUUCUCCCCGCAUACGAUGCGGAAGCACGAGCCGACAAGAUGCUCGUGCGCGAACUGUUCGUACCGACGAUUUGAUGUUGAUAUGGGCUGGGCUCAGACAAUGG